UGCUUCUACAUAUUGUUAAAGAGUUCUGGUCGAGUUUCGGUCACUAAUGUUGUGUUUGGUUGGCGAGAAAUCGUAAGAAAAUAAGAGGAAACUUGAAAUCUUACAAGAGCCACUUUCAUCUCUCUUUCUAUACUUUACCGGGAAUCUAGCGGAGUCUGAUCGUUAGAACGAUUGAGGGACGAGUUCUUUUAGUUUAGUGUAUGGCUAUUAAAAUUUUUGUAUGAGGAUUCAAUUUCAAUGGUUUUUGAAUCGAAUUAUAUGGUUUUAGUUGGACUAGUCUGUUCUUUUCUUUAUCUCCCUCCUUGGAGCAUAUAGUGGUGUGAAGUGUCCUUUGGAUGAGUUGGAGGUGUGGGUUAGAGAUUAUUCAUGCCUAUGUGAGUUCAGUUUUGCUCCAGUGAAUGGAUGGUUUAGUCCAGUCUUGGUCUUGCCAUGGGCCCUGCAGUUCAUCUGAGAUGACAACAUCUGAAUGGUUUAAGGAGGUGCCUUGAGAUAUAAAGUCCUGUGAAAUGGUUGCCAAAGAGAACAAGGAUGAAAUUAAAGAUAACCAUUCUAGUGAUUUGGAGAAAGAGCCUAAGCCAGGAAAGGAGGAAGAGUCUGAUUCUGAAACAAGAAGAGAUUCGGUAUCAUCUCAAGGGGAUUCACAGACAGCUGACGAUGAGAAAGUAGAGAGAGCUUCAAGAGUUCCCAAAAGGAUUGCCAAAAAGGAUUCCUCUGACAACCAUUCUCAUGCAUCAAGAGUGAGAUCUGAUCGUGAAACACAUAAAUCACAAUCCAAGCCAUUACAUAACACUCCUAAGAAAUCUCCAAAAUCCAACAAAGGGCCUUCUAAAGUGACUACAAAAAAUUCCCCCAAUACUAAUUCUAAAAAUAUGAAAGUUCCUCCAAAACCCUCAUCAGAAUCAUCUGAAGGAAUUGAUGAUAAACCUAUUGAGGAGGUAAAGGAAGCAGAUCUCUUGGAUGGAGCCUCAAAUGGUGUUCAGAGUGUUGGAAGUGAUGAUGAGACAGUUGAUACUGAGGAAAAUGGUGAGCAUGAAGACAAGGUUGCUUUGGAUCAAAGGAUAGAAGAAAUGGAAAUGAGAAUUGAGAAACUUGAAGAGGAGCUGAGAGAAGUUGCUGCUCUUGAAAUUUCACUCUAUUCUGUGGUACCAGAGCAUGGGAGCUCAGCACAUAAGGUGCACACACCUGCACGACGGCUUUCUAGACUCUACAUUCAUGCUUCAAAGCAUUGGGCCCAACAUAAGCGAGCCACAAUUGCUAAAAACACUGUGUCUGGGCUUGUUUUGAUUGCCAAGUCCUGUGGUAAUGAUGUUCCGAGGCUAACCUUCUGGAUGUCAAACACCGUUGUGCUGAGGGAGAUAAUAUCUCAAGCAUUUGGCAAUUCAUGUCAGUCUAGCCCAGUUGUAAGGUUUUCUGAGUCAAAUGGAAGUGGGAAGAAAAGUGACGGAACAUCUUUGACACUGAAGUGGAAGGGUAGUUCUGGUGGUAAACAAGUAAACAAACUUGGUUUUGUGCAAUUUGUUGAUGAUUGGCAGGAGACAAGAACCUUCACUUCUGCAUUAGAAAAAGUUGAAUCCUGGAUUUUCUCUCGGAUUGUUGAGUCAGUAUGGUGGCAGACUUUAACUCCGCAUAUGCAACCUCCAGUUAAGGAUUCCUAUACCAAGAAAACCAUUGAACGUCUAUUAGGACCUGCCUUAGGUGAUCAGCAGCAAGGGAGCUUUUCCAUUAACCUUUGGAAAAAUGCUUUUCAAGAUGCCUUUCAAAGACUUUGUCCUGUUCGAGCAGGAGGGCAUGAGUGUGGUUGCUUGCCUGUAAUAGCAAGAAUGGUAAUGGAACAGUGUGUUUCCAGAUUAGAUGUGGCAAUGUUCAAUGCUAUUCUACGUGAGUCUGCCCAUGAGAUCCCAACUGAUCCUAUAUCAGAUCCAAUUGUUGAUUCCAAGGUUCUGCCUAUUCCAGCUGGAGACUUGAGUUUUGGAUCUGGUGCUCAACUUAAAAAUUCUGUCGGAACUUGGUCCAGAUGGCUUACUGAUUUGUUUGGUAUGGAUGUUGAUGAUUCCCUGGGAGAAGUUCAGAUCAAUGGUGAGGAUGGUGAAAGCCAGGGUGGACAUGAUGAACCCAAAUCGUUCCAUCUUCUUAAUGCCUUAAGUGAUCUUCUGAUGCUUCCAAAAGACAUGCUAAUGGACCGAUCCAUUAGAAAGGAGGUGUGCCCAUCAAUCAGCCUUCCAUUGCUUAAAAGAAUACUUUGCAACUUUACACCAGAUGAGUUCUGCCCUGAUCCUGUCCCAGGAGCUGUGUUAGAGGCAGUGAAUGCUGAGAGUAUUGUAGAGCGAAGAUUAUCAGGAGACUCUGCCAGCAGCUUCCCAUAUCCAGCUACCCCUGUUCUGUAUGCUCCUCCUUCCUCUGCUGACGUGGCAGAGAAAGUUGCAGAGGCAGGUGGGAAAUCACAAUUGGCGAGGAAUGCGUCUAUGGUACAGAAAAAGGGGUAUACCAGUGAUGAAGAACUGGAGGAACUGGAUUCUCCCCUCACGUCCAUCAUUGAGAAAAUGCCACCAUCUCCAUCUGUUGUAAGAAACGGAAAUGGAAAACACAGUGAGGAAACAGGCCAUAAUGGCUUAAAUGCAAGGUAUGAACUCCUUCGUGAGGUUUGGUCGUCGUGAAUGGUGCUUGUGAUUACAUUAAUACAUUAAUCAGUUAUGCUGCUGCUGUUUGCAUCAAAGAAUAUCAUGAAGGGAAUCGCAGGAGGAUGUUCUCUAAUGCGUCUGGGGAGAUGCUCUGUUGUAUAUGUUAUAGUGUUACACAUAUAGAGAGAUUUUGUUGCAUUCAGUAAAUUAUUUUUCAGUUAUUUGAAAGUUAUACUUGUAUUCUUAAGAAAGAUUCUUGUUGUACUGCUUCUCCAUGGAAAAAAAUUCCUUAAUCCUUGUCGUA